UAUGAGUUAAGAAGAAGAAAAUACGAUAUAGAUGUUCAACCUUUAUUAGCAAGUAUUAAUGCUAAUUUUGACAAUAAGUACUCACUCAAUGAAGUAGAAACCAAUGUAUAAGAAGUACAUAAGGAUAUUGAUAAAUACAAUAGGUUGAUAGUUAAUCUAAUUUUAUUGUUAGAGUUCAACCUUAAUAAAAGGAAUAACAAGAAAUAGAUUCUGUUCUAGAAAUAUUCAAUAGAAUUCAAAUUUAAAAUAAUUUAUUGACCAAUCCUAAAAUUAAAAAACAUUAAUUAGGU